UUUACUGCGUGCGAGCUGCCAGACUGAAAAAUAUUCUGAAAUAAUACGAGUCGGGCUGGAAGAUAGAUUUUGAGACUCUCGAAAAUGGAUGCUUACAGCAAGUACUUGCAUGAUGAACAAUUUAACACCAACCAAGGCAGCACUCAGACAGAGUCGAAUGCGCCCAUGCACAGUCAUCCGACUGUGCUUAGGCAGAGACUGCAAUUCAAUAACUCUUCGUCCUCGAACCCAAGAGUAUCUACGCGCUGCAAGAAAAUGCGUCAAGAGAAGUCGAAAACACAGCCUCGGCCCAAGGAAGUCAUACAGAAAGCAACCCAGACUUGCAUUCGCCACAGUCAGCCGCCGCCGGAGCCGCACUCGAGGAAAAUCCGUCCACCGAAUCAGCCACAACAAAAACAACAACAGCAGCAGCAGCAGCAGCAGCAGAACUUCCGACAUACUGAAACUCAGGUGCAUAGAUGCCCAAACAGGGCGACACGUCAGGUGGAUGCGCCGUCAUACCGUAUGGAACUGAGCUACAUGCAGCCAAAGUCUCUGUUCAAUGUGGAUUAUGCACCGCAAUCGCGACGUGCCCUUCGUUUGCCCCCCUUGCCGCCAAGCAACAAGGCUUCUAUGCUAGAUCGAGACGGCGCUGGCGGGGAUCGCUUGCUGUAUAGAAAUUCGAAUUUUGGCAAGGAGUCCAGUCGCGGCCGCAGCGAGAAUAGCGAGGAUCCGCUCUUCAAUCCGGUCGAGGUCAAGGAGUCAUCUUCGAUGCUGCAAUCGGCACGGGAGCAUUGCAGAAAGACAAAGGCGCAUUUCAAUGCCAAAUAUGCGGAUAAGAAUGAUCCGGGUACGGAUAGCGAUUCCAAGUGCGAUUCGGAUAAUUCGUUGAAGACCGUAAUUACUACCAAAAGUGGUGAGAAUUUGCGCACCGUGGUGCGUUCACAGAUAGAGAUGCAGGAGCUGCUGCAUCAAUCCAUUAAUAAAAUGACCGAAAUGACCGACAGACUGGUGCUGAGUACCAACUCCAGGCUAAUACUGCCAUCGCUGGGCUUGUCGGGCGAGUCAGAGUGCAGCCUGAUUCAAAAAAAUACGCCAAACCUAUCCAAAUCGCCUGCGAAUCCGCAAAAGGAUGUUAGGGGCUCUGCUGGCUGGGCGCCAGGAACCAGAUCCGAAAAUCCUCUUUGUCUCGAAGAGCUAGUCAGUACCAAGGUGAUUGCGCCUAUGAUGCGCCGGGUACAGCGCAUGUAUUUAAACAAUUUACAGGAGGAGAUGAAGCUAAUGGAAGAACUGGAGCGUGUGCCAUGCCAGGUUAGCGACUUGUACAAAUCUGCCGAUGUGCCGCCGGGGCUAAGCAAACAGCUGAAAUAAUUAAACAAGCAACCGUUAUUUCACUUUAAUUGUAUUGUUAUAUUUUUUAAUUAUAUGCUCAGUAGGCAAAAUAAACACCAAAACACUAA